GCGGGUUGCUGCGGGGUCUGCGAGCGGCGCUUCAUUGUCGGGAACGGCGGCGACAUGAGGGGCGAUCGAGGCCGCGGCCGCGGCGGCCGCUUCGGCUCCAGGUUCCGGCCCUUUGUGCCCCACAUCCCCUUCGAUUUCUAUGUCUGUGAGAUGGCGUUUCCACGCGUCAAACCCGCGGCGGACGAGACGGCCUUCAGCGAGGCUCUGCUCAAGAGGAACCAGGAUCUGGCUCCCACCGCUGCCGAGCAGGCUUCCAUCCUGUCCCUGGUGACCAAGAUCAACAACGUCAUCGACAAUUUAAUUGUGGCCCCGGGAACGUUUGAAGUGCAAAUCGAGGAGGUUCGCCAGGUGGGCUCCUACAAGAAGGGGACGAUGACGACGGGGCACAACGUGGCGGAUCUGGUGGUGAUCCUGAAGAUCCUGCCCACCUUGGAAGCCGUGGCAGCCUUGGGGAACAAGGUGGUGGAGAGCCUGCGGGCGCAGGACCCCGGGGAAGUCCUGACCAUGCUGACCAACGAGACCGGCUUCGAGAUCAGCUCGGCCGACGCCACCGUGAAGAUCCUGAUCACCACGGUGCCGCCCAACCUGCGCAAGCUGGACCCGGAGCUGCACCUGGACAUCAAGGUGCUGCAGAGCGCCCUGGCCGCCAUCCGGCACGCGCGCUGGUUCGAGGAGAACGCCUCGCAGUCCACGGUGAAGGUUCUGAUCCGGCUGCUCAAGGACCUGAGGAUUCGCUUCCCCGGCUUCGAGCCGCUCACGCCCUGGAUCCUGGACCUGCUGGGGCACUACGCCGUGAUGAACAAUCCCACCCGGCAGCCCCUGGCUCUCAACAUCGCCUACAGGCGCUGCCUCCAGAUCCUGGCGGCCGGGCUCUUCCUGCCCGGCUCCGUCGGCAUCACGGAUCCGUGCGAGAGCGGCAACUUCCGCGUGCACACGGUGAUGACGCUGGAGCAGCAGGACAUGGUGUGCUACACCGCCCAGACCCUCGUCCGCAUCCUCUCCCACGGAGGAUACCGGAAAAUCCUGGGGCAGGAGGGCGACGCCAGCUACCUGGCGUCCGAGAUGUCCACGUGGGACGGGGUGAUCGUGACGCCGUCGGAGAAGGCGUACGAGAAACCUCCGGAGAAGAAAGAAGGGGAGGAGGAAGAGGAAAACCAGGAAGAGCCAGCGGCGGGCGAGGAGGAGGAGAGCAUGGAGACGCAGGAGUGAGGGACAGGGGACACCGGCCGAGGGACACCAGAGGGUCUGGGCCCCUCCUCGGUCACCUGACGUGUCCCUGUCCCUGGUUUGUAAGCUGCACAU